UUCAUUAGAUAAAACACUUGUUAGAAUAGAAUCAGUAGUACAAUUAUUAUAUCUUUUAUAGUAUACCAUUUACAUAAUGAAUAUAUACUUAAUAUCAGUGAUAGUUAUAUUAACAAUUAUCCAUGUACAUUGUUCGAAACUAUUACCAUCGUCACGAAAACAACAAUUAUUAUUGGAGGACAACAAUGAUAGUGAUAAUUCUAUAACAAGUCAUAACAACAAUGAUAAAGAAAAAAAUGUUGAAUGGGUCAAAAUAACACAAUCACCGGCAAAACAAAUUAAUGUUAAUUUGGGUACAUAUUUGGAAUUAGAAUGUGAAGCAAUUGGUUCACCUUUACCACAAAUACAAUGGUUAAAAGAUAAUAUACCAAUUACAACAAUAUCAAAUAUUAACAAUGAUUUAGAUCAAUAUAUUAAUAAUAAUGUUAUUAAUGUUAAUAAUUUAAAUAAUAACGGUUUAGCUAGAAUUAAAUCACGUUUAGUUAUACCAAAUACAUUAUCGAUACAUUCUGGAGUGAUUACUUGCUAUGCACAAAGUGGUGGUUUAACACAUGUUAAUAAAUUUGCACAAACAAAUCUAUAUGUUAAUGGUAAACCUAAACAUAGUGGUUCCAGUAUAUCAACACCCGGUGCAGGUGGCCAACAAACACAAGAUCUAGCUAAUAACAACAAACUGAUUCGCAUUGUGUUAUUUAACACUUUUAUUAUGGAAACCAUUGGAAAUAACAUUAUACUUCCCUGUAAGACGUUUAAUAGUGAUGGAUCAUCAGCAACGGAAAUUUACUGGUUUGAUAACAAUGAACAACUAAUUUUACCUGCCACAAGUGAACAUCAUUCUAGAAUUAAGAUACUAGAAAAUGGUGAUUUGUCAAUAAAUGGUUUACGAUGGUCUGAUAUGGGAAGUUAUGUUUGUGUGGCUAGAAAUACAUAUAGUGAAGACUCGAUAUCAACAUUUAUAUACCCUAUGCUUAAUGAAAAUUAAGGAGUGUUGAAUGCUGAAAUGGACAUCACAUGUGCAAUUAAAAGCAAUAACAUUGAAUCAAAGGGGCACAGUCUAAGUGCAUGGUGUUUUGUGUUAUUAGAUAUUAUUUAUUAAUUAUUUAUUUUACGGUAAUAAGUUACAUUUAGACUGGUCUAUUGGAUUCAUGUUUAUUGCAUUCGAAUGUACAUACUUAUAUGGAACAAGUCUUCACGUACUGCAAUUUAAAAUUAUAAAAGAAUAAUUAUUAGCUUUGGAAUUUUACAAUUAUUUAAUGCAUUA